UCUUAACAAAAACAUCAUUCAACACCAUAACCAACAAAAUUAAUAACAACAAGAUAAACUAAAAAACAUUAGAAUGGGAACGUUUCUAGGACACUUUGUGCCUGGUCUCUCACUUGCACUUCUUGGUCUUUGGCAUCUCUUCAACACCAUAAGAUCUUACUGUCUUAAAGGCCCUGAAACUUUCUCUGCCAAGUUCUGGUUCCCUUUCCCUAAACUCAAACAUCUCGAGCUUGUCUUGAUCCUUUUCUUCUCCUUCUUCGCCAUCAUUCUCUUAACUAUAGACUUCCCUGAUUUCAAUUUCUCCUCUUUCAAGCCAGACAACCUAGAACAUGCUUCCAUGUUCCUACACCUCAUUAUCUUCGCAUGUUUCGCUCUCUUUUGCGAGCUAACCCUUUGCUCAGAUCUCUUCUCCGGUAUAAUAGGGAUCCUCUCUGCUUCUGUCUUUGCACAAGAACUCUUCCUCCUUCAUUUCCACUCCACUGAUCACUUAGGUCUUGAAGGUCACUACCAUUUCCUUCUCCAGCUCAUCGCUUUUGUCUCCUUCUCCUCGGCUCUAGCUUCUGCUUCUUUUCCGAAGUCAUUUUCUGCAGCACUAGUCCUCUCGGUUUCUGUUAUGUUUCAAGGAUGCUGGUUCUUGAACAUGGGUUUCAUGCUUUGGGUCCCAAAGUAUGUUCCUAGAGGUUGCGUAAGCAACACGACAGCAUCUGAUAACAGAAGCGUUGUUCAUGGUAGUGCGGUAGCUUGUGAGUCUCCUGGCGCUGAGGUUCGAGCAAAGGCCCUAGCGAAUCUUCAGUUUAGUUGGAUUUUGUCAGCUGUAUUGAUCACUACUUGUGCCUUAUGCUUCAAGUUUUCUGGCAAAGUUGUGUUGCCUAAGAAUAGGUCGUCCUCGGAGUACGAGCGUCUUUGUCGACAAGGAAGUGAUCGCUCUCCAGCCUUGAAGGUGGAAGUACCGGCUAGUUCCGAUCAACAAUAGAUUUUCCUUACUUUGCUAUUUUAAUAUGAUAAUAUGAUGUAUAAUGCAUGUGGAUACACAAACAAUAAGACCAAAUAUUGACAUAAUUUACAAGAAGCAGAAGAGUGACACCAUCUCCAAUCUAUUUGUAGAGAAUUUAUAUAAUAUAGAUGGAGUUUUCUCUAAUGUAUUUUCUUAUAAUAGCAUAAGUUUAAAAUAUACAGUAAAAUAAUAGAAACUGCAAUUUCUUCU